UCUGUGCCUUGCAUACACGUAAGGAUUGGUUGGGGGCCUGGAUUUAUCUCUUACUGUUUAGAGUAAAGCUGGUUGCUAUACCUAAGCUGGGCCCUUGCUCUUGUCAACAGGCCGGAACUUCUUGCAGCACGUUGCUUUGCGACUUGUAUUAUUACAACCACCUCUUUUUCGCGUUGAAUGUUGCAAGCGGGCGCUGCUUCCACUGUAGCAGAGACAGACGAUACCAUCUCUAGCCUUGGUCUUGGUCUUGGUCUUGCGCAGCCAGUGCUCUCAUCAUAGCUCAGCAACAGCAAGGCUCAAUGCGCGCAACCCUGCCCGCUUCCUGAAACAGCGUCAACUUCGUCUAUUUUUUUUCACUUUGCAUUGCUUGUUCACCUCAUUUAUCAUCCUGUCUCGCAUUAUUCCAUAAACCACACACACUCCAAAACCCUCCCCUGAUCGCCAUCAUGGGUUCGUCAAGCCUCCUCGAGCAGUUCGGCGACGCCGUCAGUCAAAGCGGCCGCUCGUCUCGUCACCACCACCACACCAGCAGCCGCCGCCACAGCCACAAGAAGCGUCGCUCGCACUCUGAGUCGCGCUCGCCGCCGCCGCGCUCCCGAUCAAGAUCCAGAUCCAGAUCCAGAUCUCGCUCCCGGACCCGUGGCGGUGGGAUUUUCGGCGGCGGUGGCAGCAGCUACCGCAAGAACAAUGGCUCGCGCGGCUCGUUCUUCGGCCUGGGCGGCAACAACAGCCGCUCCAGCCUGUUUGGAAACCGCCGCCCUUCGUACUAUAAGCGCUCUCCCCGCGAGGGCUUCAUGCAGCGCUGCCUCAAGCAGCUCAAGCGCCUCCUCCGCGACCUCCAGCACUACGCCAAGCGCCACCCGUGGAAGGUCUUCUUCCUCGUCAUCGUGCCUCUCGUCACUGGAGGUGCCCUGACCGCGCUGCUCGCGCGCUUCGGCCUCCGCAUCCCGCCAUCUAUCGAGCGCAUGCUGGGCGUGGCCAAACGCGCCGCAACUGGCGAUCCCUUUACCGCCGUCAACGACGCUGUCCGCAUGGCGGGCGAGUACGGCAACGGCAGCAGCAAUGCCGUCCAGUCGUACGUCCGGGGAAGUCGCGUCGAGCGCGGCCGCAGCGGCGACAUGCGGUGGGAGCGCAAGGCCAGCUACUACGAUGACAUCGAGCGACAAGGCGGCGGCUUGGUAGAAGGCAUCCGCAACGGCGUAUCGAAGUUCUUUUCAUGAGAUGAGAACGUUGUCUAAACACCUUUUGCAAAGCCGAAGCGGGAGUCUUGCAUACAAGCACUGAAUUUGAUGAUGUGACCCUGUGCUCACAAUGGUGUGGCGU